GCUACUCUCUCUCUCGUGUGCUCACUACUGUAUUUCUCCGCUAGGAAGCUGUGUUGUUCUUCGUUUCUGGGACAACAUGAUGCAGGCUCUGUGUCUCCGACCGACAGACAUUUUUUCCAUUGCUCUGGUUUACUAUCAGCCAACACAGGGACAGUUUUGUGGAGAGCCCUCCGUUGCAAUAAUUCGGACUAUCAAAACACGGUCACUGAACAAUCAUCCACAAUCUGUUUGUCACUAAAAAAAAACAUUCACAGAAGAAAUCACGGUCGUAGCUCCCCUUCGGAAACCAUUUGUCUGCUUUUCAAUGAGAUGAGGAAAAUCCAGGCCCUUGGACUCAGAGACGACUCCUGGCUAUAGUCCUAGUCAGGGAUUCUGUGAACUAAACCCUCACUGCAACUCUGCUUUCUGUUUCAGCUGUGGAGAGGUAACCUGAAGGUGCUGACUGUUUUGGACCAGAGAUUCAGGUCCCCCAACUUGGCACUCCACGGACCUGAAACUGGUGACGGGACGGAGGAGUGGACACAAACCAAGGACCCCCCUCGCUACAGCCAGCCGUGUUGGAUGCAGCUGAAUAACAAGCUGAGAAAAAGAAAGAGCAUUGGACUCUCCUGCUCCAUUCAGAGGACUGCCAUCCAUGUGGUGGUAUGAUGAGACUGUGAGUCAGGAGAAACACAGUCAGACGGGAGCAGAGUGAUAGAGGGCGAGAAAGAAAGAAAGAAAGAAAGGUAGGUGAGUGUCAAGGUGCCCUCCUGACCCCUAGGUGAUAGCACCAGUCAGGGCAGCAAGAUGACCAGCCUGUUCAGGCGAAGCAGCAGUAAUGGAGGCUCCAGGGGAGGUGAAGGAGGAGGGGGAGGUGGCGGUGGUUCUACCCCAGGAGAGCUCAACAACAGCCGGCCUAACCGACAGGUGCGGCGCCUGGAGUUCAACCAGGCAAUGGAGGACUUCAAGAUCAUGUUCCCCACCAUGGAUUACGAGGUCAUCGAGUGCGUCCUGCGCUCCAACAACGGGGCGGUGGACGCCACCAUCGACCAGCUCCUCCAGAUGAGCAUCGACGGAGACGGAUCGGAUGACAGCUCUGACUCCGAUGACAGCAUCCCACCAGAGAUUCUUGAGCGGACAUUAGAACCGUACAGUUCCGACGAGGAACCUCCCCCCGUCUACUCACCGCCCACUUAUGACAUGCACAUCUACGACAGAAAGUACCCAGAGGACCCACCCACUCCUCCACCCAGGUUCGAGGCCCAGCCACCUCCAGGUCACCGGCAGGUCCGCAGCUACAGGAACUGGAAUCCGCCGUUGCUUGGCAACCUGCCAGAUGAUUUCCUGCGGAUCCUGCCACAGCAACUGGACAAUAUACAGGGCUCACAGAGCAGUCUGUCCCAGCCUUCCUCCAUCGCCCAGCGGACAGCCCAGGGAGGUGUCUCCAGGCCAGCGGCUGGUGGAGCCCUAGGGGCCCCUGGAGGGCCAGGCGGUGCCGGGGGCGUGGCGGGGGCAGGCACGGAGCAGGAGCGUAAACUGAAACAGUACCUGGAUGAUGAACGCAUCGCUCUGUUCCUCCAGAACGAGGAGUUCAUGAGGGAGCUGCAGCGCAACCGCGAGUUCCUCGUCGCCCUGGAGAGAGAUCGCUUGAAGUAUGAAUCAAAGAAAUCCAAGUCCAAUCAUUCAUCCGCUUACAUGGAGAAUUCCACAGCAGGAGAGCACUGUGCAUCAGGGUCGAUGGAGGCGUGUACUGCUGUGUCAGAUGACGCCAUGUUCAGAGACAAACUCAAACACAUGGGCAAAUCAACAAGAAAGAAGCUGUUUGAAAUUGCCAGAUCAUUCUCUGACAAGACUAGGAGAAGAAAGUUUAAAAAAAGAACGCUCCUGAAGCACCAGUCACUGGGCACAGCUAACUCCACAGCCAACCUCCUGGAGGAUGUGGAGGGAAGCCCAGAAGAUGGCCAGCCCAGAAGAUCAGACACUCAGGAAGACGAUGUGCCACUCAAGGAGCCGUUGUCAUGAUCCUCCAAGGCUGCACCACAUCAGGGUUUCCAUGGUGACAGCAGAAUGACCCAUGGCUGGUGACCACGCAAUACUUUGGUUCCUCCCUCCCCUAACACAGACCAGCCAAUCCCAGGCCCAGAAGUGACCUGGGACCACCCCCUCGCCCAUGAGGAGAGGAAGCAGACUGCUACCACCUCUCCUUAACUCUGACUGUUCAUAACCACAUUGGAUGACAUAAGUGUAUCAUAACUCUUCAUUAAUAUAUGAUUUCAUAUGUAAAGGGAAUAUGCAUUAGUCUUUUGACAGUUAAUUUUUUUGUAUCAGCUCCCUUUAAUCCCCAUUGCAGAAUGCAUGGCAGCCUUGGUGGUGAUGAUCUUAACAUAUGGACUCAUCUAGUGUUACCAGUUUAAUCUCUUUUAUAUGGCUGGGGUAGGUCACUCCAGAGCCAAAGUGUGCACAAGCACCUCUGAAAUGUCCACUCCCAGUACCCAUGUGUUGCUAUGCCCAUUUGGUCACAGUUUUAAACAGACAGUAACCAGUGAUGAUGUGGCAAGUUUUUAUACACUGCUCAAAAAAAUAAAGGGAACACUAAAAUAACACAUCCUAGAUCUGAAUGAAU